AUGUGUGUAUGCGUGCGCGCGCAGGUGUGUACGCUGUACGCUGAUGCGUUGUCCAGCGUCAGCCUCAAUAGUCACGUGACGUGGCCACGCAGAGCAAUUGAUGACGUCAUUGGUAGACCAGAUUUCAACACAUCACCCAAGGAAAUGUAUUUCCCUCUCAGACCAGCUGGCCCUGCUCCAACAACCUGUUACAGAACAAAUCAGAUUCGAAAACAAAUUAAAGAAAGGGCACAAAAUGAAAGCAGUUUGGAUUACUUUACAGCUAUAGGUCAGGCUCUCAGUAUGGCACAAAAAUGUCGUCAAAACAUCCCAAUAUUUGAUUUUGUUAGACCAACUGAGAGAAUGAAGUAUUUCUGUGAAACAAAUCCUAAUAAUUUAAGACCACAAGACUUGGAGUAUUGUAGAAGACAAAGGAAUGACGCAGAAGGCUGUUCCAGGUAUAACGUUGAACGUUUUAGACAAAGGGAAUUAGACGAAUCGCUUCAGAGAGAACAAGACAGGGCUGAUUACAGAAAUAUGGCCAAUUUCAAUUAUCACCAGGAGUGUAAAGACCGGGAAACUGAAAAAUCAAGAGUAGCCGAACAGAAGCAACGUUUAAAUUCAGAGCUACUCGAACAAAUCGCUCUGAAAGAUUAUGUGGCCCACAUUCAGUUAGAAGGUGAAAAACGUGACGAAGAAAAACGACAGAUGUACAACAGAGAAAUCGAUGAAAGGGGGGUGGUUCAAGAAAUGAACAAGAAGGGAGCACACAGAAAACAUAAUGACAUUACAAAGUUAAAGCCAGGUCUUACCAGUAAAGUGAAUCCUGAUUAUAGACCCGAAGACAUGGAGUAUUUUAGGAAGCAAAAACAAGAAACUGAAGCGUGUUCGCAAUAUAACUUCAAGCAGUUUAGACAAAGGGAAUUAGACAAAGUGCUUCAGAGAGAACAAGACAGGGCUUUUUACAGGAAUAUGGCCAAUUUCAAUUAUCAACAGGAGUGUAAAGACCGGGAAACUGAAAAAUCAAGAGUAGCCGAACAGAAGCAACGUUUAAAUUCAGAGCUACUCGAACAAAUCGCUCUGAAAGAUUAUGUGGCCCACAUUCAGUUAGAAGGUGAAAAACGUGACGAAGAAAAACGACAGAUGUACAACAGAGAAAUCGAUGAAAGGGGGGUGGUUCAAGAGAUGAACAAGAAGGGAGCACACAGAAAAUAUAAUGACAUUACAAAGUUAAAGCCAGGUCUUACCAGUAAAGUGAAUCCUGAUUAUAGACCCGAAGACAUGGAGUAUUUUAGGAAGCAAAAACAAGAAACUGAAGCGUGUUCGCAGUAUAACUUCGAGCAGUUUAGACAAAGGGAAUUAGACAAAGUGCUUCAGAGAGAACAAGACAGGGCUUUUUACAGGAAUAUGGCCAAUUUCAAUUAUGGCCAGGAAUGUAAAGACCAGGAAACUGAAAAAUCAAGAGUAGCCGAACAGAAGCAACGUUUAAAUUCAGAGCUACUCGAACAAAUCGCUCUGAAAGAUUAUGUGGCCCACAUUCAGUUAGAAGGUGAAAAACGUGACGAAGAAAAACGACAGAUGUACAACAGAGAAAUCGAUGAAAGGGGGGUGGUUCAAGAGAUGAACAAGAAGGGAGCACACAGAAAAUAUACUGACAUUACAGAGUUAAAGCCAGAUCUUACCAGUAAAGUGAAUCCUGAUUAUAGACCCGAAGACAUGGAGUAUUUUAGGAAGCAAAAACAAGAAACUGAAGCGUGUUCGCAGUAUAACUUCGAGCAGUUUAGACAAAGGGAAUUAGACAAAGUGCUUCAGAGAGAACAAGACAGGGCUGAUUACAGGAAUAUGGCCAAUUUCAAUUAUGGCCAGGAAUGUAAAGACCAGGAAACUGAAAAAUCAAGAGUAGCCGAACAGAAGCAACGUUUAAAUUCAGAGCUACUCGAACAAAUCGCUCUGAAAGAUUAUGUGGCCCACAUUCAGUUAGAAGGUGAAAAACGUGACGAAGAAAAACGACAGAUGUACAACAGAGAAAUCGAUGAAAGGGGGGUGGUUCAAGAGAUGAACAAGAAGGGAGCACACAGAAAACAUAAUGACAUUACAAAGUUAAAGCCAGGUCUUACCAGUAAAGUGAAUCCUGAUUAUAGACCCGAAGACAUGGAGUAUUUUAGGAAGCAAAAACAAGAAACUGAAGCGUGUUCGCAGUAUAACUUCGAGCAGUUUAGACAAAGGGAAUUAGACAAAGUGCUUCAGAGAGAACAAGACAGGGCUGAUUACAGGAAUAUGGCCAAUUUCAAUUAUGGCCAGGAAUGUAAAGACCAGGAAACUGAAAAAUCAAGAGUAGCCAAACAGAAGCAACGUUUAAAUUCAGAGCUACUCGAACAAAUCGCUCUGAAAGAUUAUGUGGCCCACAUUCAGUUAGAAGGUGAAAAACGUGACGAAGAAAAACGACAGAUGUACAACAGAGAAAUCGAUGAAAGGGGGGUGGUUCAAGAGAUGAACAAGAAGGGAGCACACAGAAAAUAUACUGACAUUACAGAGUUAAAGCCAGGUCUUACCAGUAAAGUGAAUCCUGAUUAUAGACCCGAAGACAUGGAGUAUUUUAGGAAGCAAAAACAAGAAACUGAAGCGUGUUCGCAGUAUAACUUCGAGCAGUUUAGACAAAGGGAAUUAGACAAAGUGCUUCAGAGAGAACAAGACAGGGCUGAUUACAGGAAUAUGGCCAAUUUCAAUUAUGGCCAGGAAUGUAAAGACCAGGAAACUGAAAAAUCAAGAGUAGCCGAACAGAAGCAACGUUUAAAUUCAGAGCUACUCGAACAAAUCGCUCUGAAAGAUUAUGUGGCCCACAUUCAGUUAGAAGGUGAAAAACGUGACGAAGAAAAACGACAGAUGUACAACAGAGAAAUCGAUGAAAGGGGGGUGGUUCAAGCGAUGAACAAGAAGGGAGCACGCAGAAAAUAUAAUGACAUUACAGAGUUAAAGCCAGAUCUUACCAGUAAAGUGAAUCCUGAUUAUAGACCCGAAGACUGUCAGCCUCAUGUUGACCAAGAUCCAAAGCAUUUGAGUCCUCAAAUGGCUGAGACGUCAAGACCAAAGAGGUGUCAGAAGGGAGAAGCUAAGGGGAAGGUCAAACGUACAAAACACAGACAGGAACAACUCAGACUGGAAAAGAUUAGGGAUGACGAAAUUGGAAAAAUGUUAAAAAAUAUGAUCAGGAGGGAACAUGAUGAAUUUUUGAAGGGUAAAAAUGAUAAGCAAAAGGAGAUUAAUGCCAUCAGAAAUACUGACAUGAAGAACCAGUGUAGAAAUUAUACUGACGCUAAGUCUCAACAAGUGGCUUCUGAAAAAGCUCCUUCGAUAAAAGAGUCACAGAUGCCACCUUUAACAGAUGUCAAAAGGAUGAAGCGUGGCUUUAAACAAGCACAAGAGACACAAGCCCGGAUCGACGGGAACCUUUCAGAUUUACAGAAAAUCCUGAUGGAGGACUAA